UUUUCGUGAUGUACAAUACAGAACGCGAACAGGAAGCCACAUAGACCGGAAAACAGAAAAUAUCAUUCCCGUCCUCUCCUCCUUCUCGGCUAUGGCGUUCUCUGCAACCGUUACUACACCGCACUCUGCUUCUUUUUUUCGCCUUCGGUUGCCCAGCAACUCCAACACACUAGUUUCGCCUCAAAAUUCUCUCUCUUUUCCAUUUUCAAGAUCAAAUUUCAGCUGUAGAUCACCUCUCUUUGUUCGAUCAACAUCGUCUGCAGCUGUUCCGGCGACUGAGGGGAUUGCGCCGGCGAUUUCACUUACGGAUAAUGCAUUGAAGCACUUGAAUAAGAUGAGGAAAGAGCGGGAUGAAGAUUUGUGCUUGAGAAUCGGGGUUAAACAGGGUGGAUGCUCGGGUAUGUCUUACACUAUGGAGUUUGAGAAUAGAGCAAAUGCGAGACCUGAUGACUCUAUCAUCGAGUACAAUGGUUUUGUGAUUGUUUGUGAUCCAAAGAGUCUGCUUUUCCUAUUUGGUAUGCAAUUGGAUUAUAGUAAUGCUCUAAUUGGUGGAGGUUUCUCUUUUAAGAACCCAAAUGCUACACAAACGUGUGGUUGUGGUAAAUCCUUUGCAGCAGAGAUGUGAAGUCAUGUAUACAGAACUAUUCACAAAGGAUAGAGUAUGAUUUUAAACAGUAAACUUUGUACUUUUGUAUCAACAUUCUGGUUGAAGAUUUCUCACCUAGUGCACAGAAAGCAUAAUGCAUAGUUCUCAACUCCUUUUAGCUAGAUUUUAAACUUAUCUGGAGUUUGCAUAUUUCCAUCGAUUGCUGCAACUUAUUAAACUAUGAUAUAUUUGUGUAUCUCAAAUAAUUGUGAACAAAGUUGAAGAUGGUAGUUGUAAUCGUUUGUGAUGAA